GAUAGCAGCACGUGUCAUAAUGUCAUUAUCACGAUUAUGUACCGCUAAACAGGUUUAACCAAAGAUGUUUGUUGUACUAUAAUAAAGUAACGAAAUGUUGACUUUAAAAAAUAUAUAGAUUGGAUGGAAUAUGGUUAUUUCAACUUCGUGUAAUUAACUUUUCCCGAGGAAGCAAUAUAUUUUUCUGUUGAAUGCAUUUUGGUGUAUUGUACCAGUGAGAUUAUUUGUCUUCACUGAUUUCAACAGGAAAGAGAAGCGUAUAUGAAAAUGAGUAUUACUAAGAACGUAAUACAGAAAUUUGUAAAUGAUGCGCGUGUGUUGUAUAGAGGAUUAAAUGGAGUGUUCGUUCUUUAUAAAAGCGCGGGUAAUGUAUUUGAACAAAUGAGAAAAACAGUCAUACUAAACUUAUGUAAAGAUUUAAAUGCUAUGCGUGUAAGACCUCCAGUUAAGCACGUGUUUAUAGAAGGUCCGACAAAUGGGCCGAUGACUGUUGGUGUACGCGAUAGUUACGCUGAUCAUACGUUAGUAAUAGGACCUCGCUAUCAACCGAAUGAUUUCAGGAUGGGAUGCACAAAAAUGGUACCGAUGGAUACCUGCGGAGUUACAGUUUGUGGUAUUAAUAGAGGUAACAGAAUAAUAAUGAAACUGAAUGCUGCGAAUGUUACAAGAUUUUACAAAGUUAAAGGAAUGCUUGGUCAAGCAACAAAUAACUAUUUCUCUACUGGGAAAAUAAUAGAAAAAUCUACGUAUAGACACGUAAAACGCGGUCAUAUCGACAAAAUAUGCAGCGCGAUGCAAUCUUCUCAUCAAAGAAAGAUGUUCGAAUUAUCCGGAGUAGAUAUACAAAGCCAAACAGCAUACGAAUUGGCAGUGCAAGGUCUUUUAAGACCAAGCAUUCGGUAUAUUCCCAUGAUAUAUACGAUUAGAUGUACAGAUUUUUCACCUCCGGAGUUUACAUUAGAGAUCGUUUGUAUGAAUGAGAACGAAAUGUAUUUGAAAACUUUAGUUCACGAUCUUGGAAUGCAGCUCCGUAGUACAGCUACCUGUACUCAGAUUCUUUGUAUUCAGGAUGGUUUAUUUACUUUGCAACACGCAUUACUAAAGAAACACUGGGACUUGAAAAAUAUCCUGCACAGCAUAAGCACGUGUCGAAAGAUUCUUGUAGAGAAUAAAGAUUUGUUGAAACAAGAAAGUCCUGUAUUGGUAGAUCAUAGUUCUGAAACUAAACUUAUAGAAGAGCGAAAACAAUUAUCGCAAUAAUCUUAUAUAAAUACUGAAUGUAAAGUUUGUAAUAUAUAAUAAAAUAUUUUUAGCACAA